GGAUCUGGCGGAAGACAGGGGGGCGUGGAAGAGGCUCAUAGACGAGGCGAAGAAUCGACUGAGAUUUGUUACGCCCCGGCAGUAAGUAAGUAAGUAAUUAAACAGCUUAGAUAAAGCAGUAAGGAUGGAUAUCGCUCUGUAGUUUCCUAGCAUGUUAAUAUGACCCUAUUUAGGAAUUAGAACAGUAAAUAAUUUGUUAUCUCUCCGUAGUGUUAAUAUUGAGAAAGAAUAACAAUUUUAAAUUUAAUAUUCGAUUAUUCAUACUUUUUGUAGUAAUCCUUAUAUUUGACUGGGUAUAGAAUGAAAGUGUGGUAAAUAUCCUGUGAGUAAAAAAUGUUAAUCAAACUAUGAAUAUUGGUGUAGUUCGUACAUUUUACAUUAUGUGGUUAUAAAAAACUAAAAGCUAAUUGUUCAGCUAAAAAAAUCUAAAAGCUCAUUUGUUUCAUAAACUAAAAUUAUUAUUGGAUUAUUUAAGUGUUACAUAGAUUUUGAGUGAUAUAUGUGUUAUGCUAAUAUAAAACACAAAAAAAUUAAAAAAAUGUAUCAUUAACUGACCUCUUUUUAUAUACAUUUAUGUUUUUGACAACAAUAUCUUUCUUAAAGAAGCUUUUGUUUUGAAGAUAAAUAUAUUGUUUCUUGUUUUUCACUUUAAUAUUUGACUAACAUGUUUUCUUAGACAUUAAUAAAGUUUGAUAAGAGAUGGAAGUCUGAGGAAUCUAUAAUAUCCAAUUUAACAAAGUAUAUGGAAAAAAUCCUUGUUCUAGGAAAGAAGACGAACUAAAUCAAUCUCAAAACAUUAGCACAUUUGAAAAUCACAUUAUACCAGUAAUACUUUUCAUUACUAUAACAAAAUUUGCAGUGUAGUAGAGAGAAAAAUGGAAGAUAUGUACAACUGCAAAGUGUUAUUCACCAAUAUAAAUCAACCAUUAAUGCUUAUUAAAAUUCAAUUCUGUACAUUUUGGAUAUUAACAAGGCAGCUUUGUUGUUGGGUAUAAGGGUUUUCGUCUUUUCCAAACAUCUCUAUAUUUGUAGUUUUUUGCUUCAAAAUAUUGUAUAAACAUUCAAUGUUCAGUAUUUAUAAACUUGCUACUAAGUUACAUAUAUAUAAAUAACAUCCAUUGCAUCCCCAAAAAUAUUGGAUUUUCAGUAUAUGUAUAAUUUGGAAUGUUUAUACUAUGGUCCAGGUUCUGAGUAAGAGUUUGUUUUCUUGGUUCAGUGUUAUCUGGAGUUUCGGUUAUACUCUGGUCCAGGUUCUGAGUAAGAGUUUGUUUUCUUGGUUCAGUGUUUUCUGGAGUUUCGGUUAUACUCUGAUCCAGGUUCUGAGUAGGAGUUUGUUUUCUUGGUUCAGUGUUUCCUGGAGGUUUGAUUAUACUCUGGUCCAGGUUCUGAGUAGGAGUUUGUUUUCUUGGUUCAGUGUUUUCUGGAGUUUCGGUUACACUCUGGUCCAGGUUCUUAGGAGUUUGUUUUCUUGGUUCAGUGUUUUCUGGAGUUUCGGUUAUACUCUGAUCCAGGUUCUGAGUAGGAGUUUGUUUUCUUGGUUCAGUGUUUCCUGGAGGUUUGAUUAUACUCUGGUCCAGGUUCUGAGUAGGAGUUUGUUUUCUUGGUUCAGUGUUUUCUGGAGUUUCGGUUACACUCUGGUCCAGGUUCUUAGUAGGAGUUUGUUUUCUUGGUUCAGUGUUUUCUGGAGUUUUGGUUACACUCUGGUCCAGGUUCUUAGGAGUUUGUUUUAUUGGUUCAGUGUUUCCUGGAGUUUCGAUUAUACUCUGGUCCAGGUUCUGAGUAGGAGUUUGUUUUCUUGGUUCAGUGUUUUCUGGAGUUUUGGUUAUACUCUGGUCCAGGUUCUUAGGAGUUUGCUUUCUUGGUUCAGUGUUUCCUGGAGUUUUGAUUAUACUCUGGUCCAGGUUCUGAGUAGGAGUUUGUUUUCUUGGUUCAGUGUUUUCUGGAGUUUCGGUUAUACUCUGGUCCAGGUUCUUAGGAGUUUGUUUUAUUGGUUCAGUGUUUCCUGGAGUUUUGAUUAUACUCUGGUCCAGGUUCUGAGUUGGAGUUUGUUUUCUUGGUUCAGUGUUUCCUGGAGUUUCGAUUAUACUCUGGUCCAGGUUCUUAGGAGUUUGUUUUAUUGGUUCAGUGUUUCCUGGAGUUUCGAUUAUACUCUGGUCCAGGUUCUGAGUUGGAGUAUGUUUUCUUGGUUCAUUUUUCGAUUUUGUUGCUAUGGCAUUUCUGUCUGGGGAGGGUCCACUGAAAGCAGUCUCACCCAUGUCCUUUGUUUCAGCUGCCCGAACAGGUUGGUAUCCUCUGGGAUAGUAGGCGGGUGCAGUUGGAUUUAAAUGAGGUUGGUGUCCUCUUGAAUGGUAGGGUGCGGUUGGAUUAAAAUAAGGUUGGUAUCCUCUAUGAUCAAAAAUUUAAAUCUCUUGCUGGUCCAUGUUUUGAGUGUUGCUAGCCCCGUACUGUAAAUAUGCAUCCAGGAUUCUUAGAGCAUUCAAUAUCCAGAAACACACAAGUGCAUGUGUGCACCAUUCAAUCAAAAGAUGACAAUAUAGGCAGUAGGUUGUAAUGUGGGCAAGUUUAUGGAAUAAAUGUAUGGGCUCAUAGAUUUUGUGUUUGUAAACAGUGGUUUAAAUUAUGACUGAAAAGUCUUAAACAACUGAUUUAAUCUUGGAGUGUGGGAGAAGUGGAGGACUUGUAUUAAGUUCCAAAAUUGUCUGAAAUUCUAGAGAGUUUAAGCUUAGUUAUAGUGAAGAGCUGGUAGUCAAAUCAACUUGUCUGGUCCUUCCUGUUCCUUGGAAAUUUAAUAGAUCAGAACUAUUAGGCUUCUUCAUUGAGUUUAAUACUAUAGAAUGCAUGACUCUUUCCUAGUUGUAGCAUAUAUACAAUCUGUGCACACUUUCUUUAUAUAGAAAGAUUAGUAGUACAUUUUAAAUUAACACAAGUAGUUAGUUGAAUUAUUUUUUACAUUUUCUCUGAUAAUUGCUAUCUACAUUGUACAUAUGUUUUUAGUGUAAUAUACUCUUGUAUGUAAAAGUGCCAAGACCUUAUAAAUAUUUUUAAAGUUGCAAAAUGUCUCGAGCUUGUUCAGUUAAAAUUUAUCACUAUUCACAUAAUACAUUUUAUACUCUAUUAAAUUAAUUUGGUAAAGUAAGAUGCUAUUUUAGAUAAUUGUCUCAAAUAUUACAUUUUUAUACUGUCAACUUUUAACUUCAAAGUUGAAAGCGUUCAAAUUUUAGUUUAAACUCUCAAUGCAAAGCUAUAAUCAGACUAUAAGUUAAAAAAACGGUUUUUAGUUUUAUAAUAUUAGUUUUCUUUAUUGUUUUCGGUUACCAGACUUAAAUCUGUUUCUCUCUUUAUUUUAUUUGGACAGUGAGUUUUAGUUGUAUUACUCUUUGAAUCAGUGGAAGAAUGUUGGCUAGUUUUAGUGCUCUUAUGAUUGUAUAAAGUUACGUAAGUACAGACUGUGAUAAAAUUAGGAUGUUACAUUAUUUUUGUUGGUUAGUAAUAUAACUGGUAUCGGUGUGAUAAGGUAUCUAAUUGCUAAGCUGUUAGUUUUUAGUGAUGGUGUUCGGUAAGAAUACCGGUUUUAGUUAAGUAUUUUAUUGAGUUCUUUAAUGAUGCAAAUUACCUGACACUGCAUUGAAAGUAUUAUGUUUACAUGCUGUGAAAUGUAGUCAGUUGUAAUUGUUAUAAGGGCAUUACUGCUAUAUUAUGUAUUAAAAAGCAACAUUACAUAUCUCA